AUGCUGUACCCCUGGGCCGGCCUCGCGCUCGUGUGCCUGCAGGUGCUGGCCCAAGAAGCCUUCGCCGGCUUUGGCGCGAUCGUGGCCGACGCGUCGUCGGUCUCAAGCCCGUACGCGAUCGUGGCGAUCCACCCGCACAACGUGUCGUCGUUCACGGAAGGCCUCCUCUUUGACGGUGGGCACCUCCUCGAGUCCACGGGCCUGAGCGGGCAGUCGUUCAUCCGCGAGUUGGACGCGCUCACGGGCCUCUGCACCGGCAACGAGUUCAAGUUUCCGGACGGCAUCUUUGGCGAGGGCAUCACCGUGCUCAACGGCACCAUCUACGCGCUCUCGUACCAAGCCAAAAUCGGCUACGCCCUCGACCGAAGCACCUUUGCGCUCCAGCGCGAGUUUGCCUUUGCGACGACGACGGGCGAAGGCUGGGGCAUGACGAAUGAUGGCGCGCAUCUCAUCGUGAGCGACGGGUCCGCGACGCUCCUCUUCUUGGACCCGACCAGCUUGGUCGAGGUGCGCCGCAUCGUCGUGACGCAGCACGGUGCCGACGUGCGUCUUCUGAACGAACUCGAGUACAUUGCCGGCGAGAUCUUUGCGAACGUCUGGUACACCAACCAGAUCCUGCGCAUUGACCCCGCGACGGGCCAUGUGCGGGACGCACUUUUGCUGGACCAGCUGCCGCUGCUUGAGAACCACGCGCGGACGAUCGCGGCCGAGGACUGGCGCAAGAUGGACGCCGUCAUGAACGGCAUUGCGCACAACCCUCUCAAUGACCACGUGUACGUCACGGGAAAGCUGUGGGACGCGGUCUUUGAGCUCGAUCUCGCGCUGCCCAAGGUCGUGCACGGGCGGCGCGUCCAUUAA